AUGUCACGAAGGAUUCUCUUGUCGGCCUUACUGGUCACCGCCGUGUCCGCUCAACAGCCAGGCAAACUGACACCCGAAGUUCAUCCCAAACUUCCAACAUGGGCGUGUACCGUCGCCGGCGGCUGUAUUCAGAAGGACACAUCCUUGGUCCUCGACUCUGACUACAGAUGGGUACACACGGACGACUACACCAACUGCAAGACCAACGGUCUCAACCCAGCCGUAUGUCCCGACGCCGAGACAUGUGCUGCCAACUGUAACCUCAAGGGCGUCGACUACACUGGAUCUGGGAUUCACACCAAUGGUAGCGAGCUUACCCUGAACCUCUUUGUCAACCGGACCGAUGGGACCACCAGUCUUGUCUCCCCGCGAGUCUACCUCCUUGCCAACGAGACGACCUACGACAUGUUCUCGCUCCUGGACAAAGAGUUUACAUUUGAUGUGGACGUCAGCAAGCUCCCAUGUGGCACCAAUGGAGCUCUUUACUUCAGUGAGAUGCUCGCCAACGGAGGCAAGAGCUCGCUGAACCCAGCCGGCGCAAGCUAUGGCACGGGCUACUGUGAUGCCCAGUGCCCUAGUCCAGCAUUCAUCAACGGCGAGGCCAACCUCGAAUCCUACGGCGCCUGCUGCAACGAAAUGGACAUCUGGGAAGCCAACUCCCGCGCCACCGCCUUUACUCCUCAUCCCUGCAACGUUACCGCGCUCUACAAGUGCUCCGGCGCUCUCUGCGGUCGUACCGACAAAUACCAAUCCGUCUGCGACAAGGACGGCUGCGACUACAACCCCUACCGCCUCGGUGACCACCCUUACUACGGUCGCGGCGAGGGCAACAAAGUCGACACCACGCGCCCUUUCACCGUGGUCACUCAGUUCUUCAGCAACACAACGAGCGCCGGGGAGAAGGAAUUGUCGGCCAUUAAGCGGCUGUACCUCCAGGAUGGCAAACUGAUCAGCACUUCCACCAUCGUCGUGCCUGGAUCUUUGGGAGUCAACGCGUUUGCCAACCAGGGCGGACUGCGACAGAUGGGCGAGGCGCUGCAUCGGGGCUUGGUUCUGGUUUUCAGCGUAUGGCAUGAUGCGGGAAGCGCGAUGAAGUGGUUGGAUGGGACGUUCCCUUCCGGUGCUGAUCCGGAGACACAGCCUGGGACAGAAAGGGGCCCGUGUCUGCCGGAGGAAGGGCAUGCAGAUGAUAUCCAGAGAGAUGCGAGCUGGACAGAGGUCAAGUUCAGUAAUGUGAAGAGUGGGGAGAUUGGGUCGACUUUCAAGGUUUGA